AUGGGCCCCUCAAUCGCCCUCCGUGCUAUCACGCACCGCUUGACAACCACGCCGACUCAAGAACUGCCUCAUGUGGUUUCAUACCUAGCUGUCUCGAUCGGUAACUGCAGCGAUGUCAUUGCCUCCGCACAAACAAAAAAAGCGGCAAAUGUGGACGAGAGCGAUUCUCUGCAAGUCAAUAAGCUGAAAACCCGCCUGACAAGCCUCUUGCAAGACCGCAGUUUUGAAGGCAGGUGGGCUGGAGUUGUUCUGGUGAAAGCGACAAUAGAAGCGGGCCAAUGGGAGAUACUACACGACUGUGGCCCUUGGGUUCGAGGUCUAUUAUCAAUUCUUUCUAAACCCGAUCCAGUAUCAACGAAGAGACUAUCGAUCAUCACUUUAACUCGCAUUUUCCAUCUAACGUAUCGAUACCCAACAUUGGUCCGAGAAAUAACCACCCCAAGUUUACCCCCGUUUAUUACAGCUCUGCUGAAUCUUAUAAUUGGGAAGCAAUCUACCAAUAUACCCACGCAAUUGAAGGAGCCGCGCCUUUUGGAGACCGUUCUUUCGGCAUUGAUCGACCUCAUUGGUAGGCACCCGACAAUAUUCCGUCCUUUUUUGAACCAACUUCAAAGCCUGCUUCUUCCAAUUGUGGGUUCAUCUACUCUCAGCUCCUCUCUGUCUUCGGAGGCCGUCCAUGUAGCGCAGAAUCUCUUCAUCUCUCUACACCACUGUGCAUCCAAAAACACAUCAAACGAAAAAUGGGCAAACGAUUGCAAGCAUACUAUAGCCUCUAUUCAUCAAACAGCAGAUCACAUUUUUCGGAGCGUGAUAGAGCAGUGGGAAUCUUCUGAUCCUAACUUCAAGCCAUCCCAAAGCUCGAAAAUCCAAAGUUCUACGCCUGUAGAUGAUGCGCCGAAUGCCUUGGGCCUUCCACCUUGGCAGGGACUUCAUGCAGGUGUGAAUAGAAUAGUGACACUUUUGGGCCUGCUGUCGAACUUCAUGUCAGCGCGAACACCGUCCGCAGUCAAUGUCCCCAUCGGGGCUAUUUUAGAUUUAACAUCUCGACUAACCUCUGUCACUUUUCCAAGAGAUGGCGAUGAGACGAGUCAAGGCAAUCGUGAGUUCAGCCGAGACGAGAGGGUGGCACUCUGGAGUGAAUUACCGAGGAUUCAUGGUGCAUGUAUAGACCUCUUUUGUGCCAUCAUACGAUCCUUCAGCACAAGUCUGACAUCAGUAAUCCAACCCAUUCUUGAACAAUCGAUCUGGACAUUUGAGGCGGAUCUUUUUGAUAGUGACCUCCGUCGAUCUUCUUACUCACUAAUGACUGAAAUCCUGCCACUCGUAGGACGGUCCAUGUCAAAAGCAAAUGUCUUUACUUUGGCCACAUUGAUCCGUCAGUGUUGUCGCGAUCUCAUACUUCCUGAAAACGACCAAACUACUAAAAGUCAACAAUCUGACUCUAAGACAAAAUCCAAGGGCACACAAUCUUUGAAUGUGGACGCCUUUUUACUCCCUUCACAAGGUGCCAAUCCGUCGAAAGACCUGUCAUCCCGCAACACCUACUCAGCAGCACUGCGCUUACUCCCAAUCAUAUACAAUUUUCUACCUGUUGAGUACAUACCAUUACCAGUACGAGCAGAAAUGGACCGAACCGCUGUAUUGACCGGGAAUCGGGAAGCUAUGAGUGCUGGUGUGAUGAAUCCUAUGCCUUCUAUCAAAGGAAGAAGACCCAUUCCUAGUAUCCUACCCUUCCUCACACGACGACAUUCGAAAGAGCUAGAAGUUGAAUGCCUGCUUCGUCCUCGAAUGCCUGUUAUUCUCGGAGGUGCCAACGUCACUUUCGAAGCUGAUGACUAUGAAGAAGAACAAUAUGUCCCCUCAGCGAUUGUUUCUGGCAUUGAUGUUCAAGAUGUCCCGCCAGCGGCAUCGAAUGAGGAUUUAGCACAAUCCCACAAUGUACUACAACCCCUGCUGUUGCAAAGCAAGAGAAAUUUCUCGGAUCAUCUAGAACCCAGUUCAACACGUCCUAGCCAGGAUACUCCUGAACAGCGGGGAUUUCAAGUCAAAAAGCCGCGCUUGGAGGACGAAAGCAAUGUACUGACGGCCCAACCCACGCCUGUCACUCUUUCAGAAACUGCCUUAUCACCUGCUGUUGUGCCAUCCGCGUCUGUCCCCUCGUUCCCGACAGCCCAUAAUACCGAUGACUCAGUUCUCGGCUCUGUUGCUACCAGAGUUCAAUCUUCAGGCCCUAGGGAAGUCCUCGGCAAUGCUAGACCGGAUAACCCUUCCGGAGACAGUGAUGACGAUAUGCCGACUUUGAAUAUUGAACCGGAUACUGAUGAAGAUGAAGAUGACUAA